GGUUGCCGCAAGCAAGAAGCCGAAGGAGAAGCAGCAGAUUGUAGUGGAAAGUGCGACUGAGAGGAGUGUUUAUUUAAUAUUACAUUUUGUUGUGUAGUGAAUAUCCUUUAUGCUGAAAUUGAAGAAUGUAGUACAGUUAGUGUAUCGAAUAAGUGACGAAGUUUGUUAAUUCUUAUAAAACUAUGUGUGAUUUUAGUGGUAGAAUUGGCUCACAAUCUUCUGUGAACAUCAAAUACAACGUUUGAAGUAUGGCGGUUAAAUAAGCAAGUGUCGUCGUGUUUGUUAAGACUUAUCGUGUGUAAACUUAUCCAUAAUAAUGUUACAUGAAAUUUUAACCUUUCUGUGGAAUAUAUUCGGUCCUAUUACGUUUUUGUAUGAAUUCGAGCGAUGGUUAGAUGCUAUUGUGCCACCAUGUGUUGCGGCAUUUAAGUUAGUGGUAUCGAGUUUGGCGAGUUAUUUGCCAGACUUUCUUGCCAUAUAUUUGGAUGACUUUUAUGAGUUACUUAAUUGGACCAUUUACAUAAUUUCAUUUUUAGCAAGCGUGUAUGGAUUUGUUGGUGGUAUAUUCUAUAUACUCUUUCAUCAGUCAGCAGCAAGAUUAGAGCGUAUAGGUGAGAGAUAUCCACCUUUUACCAAUGAAAGAAUACUAAUAGUAAUUGCCCAUCCUGAUGAUGAAUGCAUGUUCUUUGGACCAACUAUAGUUGAAUUUCAGAGAAUGUAUCAUAUCUACGUGCUCUGCCUCACUGAUGGUAAUUACUAUGGCCUUGGUUCAGCAAGGAAAGCAGAAUUAUGGGCGAGUUGCAGGGCCUUGGGAUUACCUGAUGAAAACAUCACUCUCAUGAAAAACACUAACAUGCCAGACAACCCCAAUGUCAAGUGGGAUCCAAAUAGAACUUAUGAAAUAAUCAUGGACCAUGUUGAACGAAAUUCUAUCACUCAAGUUUACACAUUUGACUAUAAUGGAGUGAGUGGACACGCCAACCACAGAAGCAUUUACUUCGCAUUUGCUAACAUGUCCAUAAGAAAUGUAAUUCCACGGUACCUGCAGGUGUACCUCCUAGAAUCUGUCAACAUCUUUCGCAAGUACAUGAUGUUCUUCGAUAGCUGUCUAAGCUAUUUGACGUGCAAACAUAUAUUAAUGGUUACCAUAGACGAGUUUCGCAUAAUUCAGGCUGCAAUUAGAAAACAUAAGUCUCAGAUGGAGUGGUUUCGUUAUUUGUAUGUGGACAUGUCCCGUUACUUCUACAUGAACACAUACAAGGCACUCGAUAGGGAUGAUGCCAUACUCUUGUAUGAAUUAUACGGGGAAUUUGCUUAAUUUACUUUGUUACCUGUUAAGUCUAAUUCAACUGUAAGUUGAUCACAAUAUUCUUUGAAAUAAUAAUUUUUGACUGUAAGUUAAGGUGGUGCAAUUGGUUUUUGAAAGAUUUUGCAAAUCAGUAAAAUUUGAAGAAGUAGGAAAUUUGUACUAUUUUGGAACUUGGCUCAAGUAAACACUGCUGAUGAUAAAAAAUGUGAAUCUUUUACAGUAUUUAUAAGAGUAAUAGUUUCAGGGAGUGAUGUAUCUUUUACAUAUUUUAAUUGAAGGAAAUUAAACUUUUUAAUGAAAUAUAAUUUAAGAAAAUAGCAUUUUUAAAUAGAACUUAACAAAACUAAUUGUUUAAAUAAAUGAACAUGUCUAUUCUCUGCAUUUGUUUCUCAUGUAUGUAUUGUAAAAUAUUCUAAUGCAUGUUGUAAACUACUCAUAUAAUCAUUUUUUUAAACAAAAAAGUUUUUAAUUGAGCACCAAAUUGUAAGAUGCCUCUUGAAUUAUAUUGCAAUAGCCAACCACUCUUUGUGCAAUAGUCAUACAAAUUUGUUAUCUUUAUUGUCUUAAAAAGUACCUUAAAGGGCAAUGGCCAUAAUUUUGUUUUAAAAUAAAGAUAGAUUGCACCACUUUAAGAAAAAAGGCUGUGCUGAAAAUCAUGGCCCUGACAUUUGUGAUAAGACGGUUUCAAGGUUCUGAAUAAGACUGUUGUAAAGCAACAGAACCUUUGUUGUGUUUUAGUUUUUGUAUAUUUAUAAAAAUAUUGCUCAAAAAUAGUAAUGAUAUCAAAAAAUGACACACAUGUUACUUUUAACUUUAAGGUUUGAGGUUUGUAAUAAUAGUUACCACGGUGGGCAUAAACGCUGGAUUACUAUUUAGUUGGUCACUCCCCACCUCUCACUUCAUUCAUUUUUCACAGCCCCUGUCAGCUGUCUUACAAAAAAAAUAAUAAAAACCUUUAACAAGUAAUGAAAGAAGAAAACUAAUAAAUUAAUUUCAAAUAAAGUGUAAUAUUCUUUAGAGCCAGGUGGAUAGUGUUACAAGGUUUAAAUAUAUAUAAUUAGUGUGCAUCCACUAAUUGUCAGUUUUUUCAAUAUUAUUAUUGGUCAUUAGUUGUUUUUAUCUCUUAAAAUUUUGUGUUUUUUGUUUCACAUUAAAACUAAACUAAAACAUUUUGGGGUUAUAUUAAUCAUAUCUUUAAAAUGAGAAAUCUUGCAUGGUACAACAAUAAUUGAUAAGGGUUUAAAAGUUUUCAAUGUGUGUAUAAUGCACACCAUUUUGAGUAAUCCGUUGUGUUGUGCCUCCGAUUCCGUCCCAUAAGAUGUGUAGCUUUAUUGUUUAGUUAAGUAACUUUCUGUUUAUUGCUUACCAAAGAUUUCAUUGUGUUCAGUAUUAAUAAUCAUAUUAUAUAAAACUAUAUAAAAAAAAGUAAUUUGUUGUUUAGUCAUAGGUUUUAAAAUGUAUGCCUUUCUGCAUAGCAGUUCUUACUUUGUGUUUUAAGUUGUAUUAAGUAUAUAGUCACAAAAUAACUUUUGUCAAAAUUUCUGUAUUAUGUCUUCCUGUUACUGUAAAUGAUCUUUUAAAACUUCCCAAAUAAUUUAUAGUUUCCGGAUUUACUUUAAGUGUUAAUUUUGUGUAAACUGUUAGAUCGCAAGCAUAAAUACAAUAUUUCUGCUUGCCCUCUAUUAUUUUAGUGACAUUAAAAAUGUGUAAUAAAGUAUUGUUAAAUAUUGAA